ACGCUAGUAGUGACAAACGCGGGUCCAGUCUCCUCUCCAACUACUCGUACUCCCCCAUCGACGCCGCUACGCCCAACGUUUGAGCCGCUCGCCGCCGUCGCCGCCGCGCACAUCCCCAUCCUCCACUCCUCCGGGGUCCAGUCCUCCUUCACCGGCACGCCAUCUCCUUCCUGGUUCCCAUCCCUAACCUAGGUCCCUAGCGCUAGCUGUCAGUCGAGCGGCGUCGUCGUCAAGGGGGCUGCCCAGCGGGCCGGCGGCGAAGAGGUGUCUAGCGAGGCGAGCCACGUGCCGGAGGGACCCACCCGCAGCGGUGGCGUCAAACGCGUCUCGCAGGUGGCGAAACAGAGGAGGUUGCUUGUUUUCUCCGUCCAGCUGCGGUUUCCUUGACUGGAUCAACUAGAUUUGCCGGCGGCGACGGCAACGGCGGUCCCCAGGCAAGGGCGUGGGGCUCCCCGGAGGGAUGGAGGUGCCGUGGCUGCUGGUGGUGCACGGGUCAGUGACGGCGCUGGUGGUGGUGUCGUUCCUCUGCGGGCAAUGGCCCAUCUUCGAGGGCACCUUCAUCCAGAGCAUCAAUCACUUCCUCACCUUUGGGGCCUACCACUACCUCCUGCGGUUUGUGCAGUCUGUGUGCGGCACUGGGGCUAGGGAUCUCGUCCUCGGCGUCGAAGGAUACUGCUGCGACCGACCCAACCCGAUACUGCAGGUAUUUUAUGUUGCCAUAAUUGGGGUGACAUAUUUUAUAAUAGUGCAGACAUCUUUCGAGUACAUUCCUGGGUAUUAUGUGAGUGGAUUGCACAGAUAUCUGAGUGUUGUGGCUGUGGCUGUUGGUGCUAUACUCUUUGUGCUUACUAGCUUUUCUGAUCCUGGGACUGUUACUGCCGAGAACGUUUCUCAAUAUGUAUCUUCCUACCCAUAUGACAACAUUAUUUUUGUGGAGAAAGAAUGUUCAACUUGCAAGAUUACUAGACCAGCCAGGGCAAAGCACUGUAGAAUAUGUGACAAGUGUGUUGCUCGAUUCGAUCACCAUUGUGGAUGGAUGAAUAAUUGCAUUGGGGAGAAAAAUACUCGCUAUUUUGUGGCCUUUUUAGUUUGGCAUUUUCUUAUAUGUCUGUACGGGGCAACAAUCCUUGGCUUCAUUCUUGCCGGUGAAUUAAAAGAGCGGAAAAUUAUAUACAUUCUGACAGUUUAUUAUGGUAUCGAUAACUCAUUCUCGGGCUUGUUUCCACAUGUUGCACAGUGGUUGCUUGCUGUGCAUAACACUCAGAUACUUUUGAGUGUAUUUUUGGCUAUAUUAGCACUGCUCCUUGGUGGCUUCUGUGCUUACCAUUUACACCUUUGUUUGACAAAUACAACAACCAACGAGACAUUUAAAUGGCAAGACUACAUCAUGUGGAUGAAAAAAGAAAAUGAAGCGAAGGCAGACGCUGCUGCACUCAAGUCCAACAUAGGCUCAGCCAAUAGUGAUGCACACAAAGCUCCUCCUAGCAAAUGGAGGGCGUUCUUCAUGAGAUCCCGAACACCAAGCGUGGAACCAGUUGUGAAAAACAACAUAUAUGACAGAGGCAUGAUUCAAAACUUGUGCGAGGUGGUUGUCCCUUUGUCGGAACGGAAGGCAUUUUCACGCAGGAAAUCGGAUUGAGUCUGUUUUUGCAGUUGUAUCACAAAACUGUUGUAUAUCUGUGUAGAAUUUGCGAAACAUUUUUGUCAUACCAAUCAGUACCAUAGGGGCAUAGAGAAAAUUUUCAGGGUAAUCUUGUUUAGUACUUACGACUUAUAGCAUCAAAAUAUAGGUGAAAGGUUUUGAGGUUGCA